AUUUUUUAGGGUACAUUUGCCACCAUGACAGCGCAUUACGUCGUGUUUGCGGGAGUCCGAAGUGAAGUCAUCAUUGCUAAAUGUUUACCCAUUGAAAGACAUGCAGAUAGGCUGCUUGACAAGCACCCGAAAGGGAAAUAUAAGAUUUUGCGGAGCGACUUUGGCGUGAGUGCAGUUUUGCACGUUUCAGCUGUUGUCGACUUGCGCCCACCGUCGGAAUCGUUCGACCAUUUGCGAAUUGCAUCGGCUGAAGGGGCGCUCCGGCGUUGUUCGUUCGUCAACAGACGCAAAACUGCGGCGGCUAGAGGGAGGUGGGGGCGGUGUCGCCGGUUUGCCUCUGCCGAAUGUCGGCUUUUAUUCGUCGGGAGACGACAAGACAACCGUGAGCCAACACUUUCCCUUUAAAGCACAAACGACGCAGCGGGACAAGACGGGAUUUGAAAAAAAAGGAAAGGAAGAAAGACGGCGAGGGAGGGAGGCCGAGAGGGAGGGUGAGGGGGGAAAAAAGAGAAAGAUGACAUCCCGGCCAUUCAAACACCGAGGCGAAGCCAGGAACCGCGGCCGACCGGCAGGAUCCUAGUCGGGGAGGAGCGCUACGCAAGGCCCAGGCUUGCAUCCCGCGAGAAGGCCUCUCCUGCAGCUAUCGCUAAUAAAUGUUUGCCAGCGUUUCCAUUAUUUGGUUGCGGGAAAAUAGUCCACAAGGAAGAGGAACUGCAAUUUCGGCAAUCGCCGUCCAGCGGUGCGCAGUUGUUUUGACAAUUUCCCGUUUUUGAGUGACUGAGCAGCAAGCGAGCGUUUAUUGGUUUGUUCCCCGGCCGAGGGAGCCUCCGGGCGGCCUGCAGCUUGCUGACUGCAGCAUGGACACUUCGUGGAGCAAUUUCCUCUUUCAGACGCCGUCGACUCCGGGCCAGCAGGAGGCGCCCCUGCAGGCGGAGCUCCUGCCCGAGCUGAGCGGCUCGGCCCAAAGUCCAUUGGCCGAGCACCUGGUGGCCCCGCCUUCCACCGUGGACACCGCCGCUCUCAGUGAGGAGCCGCUACCCGUGAAAGUGCCUCCGCCCAAAGCACCGCGCCCCGCCCACAUCUGCUCCACAUGCAACAAGGAGUUCAAGAACAGCUACAACCUGCGGCGCCACCAGUCGGUGCACACGGGCAUCAAGAUGAAAGACCGCGCCGCCCGCGACAAGGACGAGGCCGGCGGCAUCGCCAAGGCGCUCCCCAAGCAGAGUAUACCUCUGUCCCUCCUCCAGCUCACUCUGCCGUCGGAGCCCGCCACUCCUGACGCCCCGGACCCCCGGCCCGGCCAACAGGUGACGGUGUCCGUCGCCCCGGUGACCGUCGCUAUGGCGAUGCAGCCGCCUACACAGCCCGUCCCAACAGCGGCACUGGUGGUGGUGGGUGCCGCCGACGCCGCCGUGGAGCAGAAUCCCAGUCCGGCGGCCGCAGCCGCGCCCGUCAAUCCCAGCGUUGCCGCCAACCAGGUGCGCAAGAACCACGCGUGCGAGGCAUGCGGCAAGGCCUUUCGCGACGUCUACCACCUGAACCGCCACCGGCUGUCGCACUCGGACGAGAAGCCGUACUCGUGUCCAAUCUGCCAGCAGCGCUUCAAGAGGAAAGACCGUAUGAGCUACCACGUGCGCUCGCACCAGGGCGGUGUGGAGAAGCCCUACAUCUGCCCGCACUGCGCCAAGGCUUUCUCGCGGCCGGACCACCUCAACAGUCACGUACGCCAAGUGCACUCCACUGAGAGACCCUUCAAGUGCACGACGUGCACGUCUGCGUUUGCCACGCGGGACCGCUUACGAGCGCAUCUAAUUCGCCAUGAGGAAAAGGUGCCGUGUCACAUCUGCGGGAAGCUCUUGUCGGCAGCGUACAUCACGGACCACAUGCGGGUCCACAACCAAUCGCAGCACCACGCCUGCCACCUCUGCAAUCGCAGCUUCACCACGCUGACGUACUUGCGGGUCCACGCGCAAAAGCACCACGGCCAGGAGUGGAAAGAAAGCGGCGGCGCCCGCGGCGGUUUUGGCGGCGCGGGGCCCGGCGGGGUGCUCCUGUGCCAGCUGUGUGGCGUGCAGUGUAAGACCACCACUCAGCUGCAGGGCCACAUGGGCACGCACGCCAACCAGGUCGAGACCGACCCCACCGGUCCGGUGAGCGAAGCUCCGCCCGCCGGCGGGGGCGGCGCCGGCGGCGUGGGGCUGCUUGUGACUGACUGCUCCAGCAUCAGCGCACAGACGCACAGCUAGCACAUGCGGGGUGGCGUGUGAGGAAGGAACCCUUGAUGACAUCAUGAUGAUGUCCCAAUAAUGACAUCAUUACAAAUGGCGGGGAAUUUGAAGUCUGAGUGCCAUGAGGCCGA